CUUUGCUCUCUUCUCCAUCCAGCAACUGGCUCAAGUCGUCUAGCUCGAUCGCCGACCGGCCGAAAAUGGCGGUGAUUGCGAUCGUCCUUGUUAGCGCGCUGGUGCUGCUCUCGCCGGUGGCGGCCGAGCUGCAGCGGGUGCAGCACUCGCCCAAGGAGGACGGGUCACUCACCGUGCUCGCCGUCGGGGACUGGGGAAGGGGUGGACAGUACAACCAGACACUGGUUGCCGAGCAGAUGGGAGUGGUCGGCGAGAAGCUGGCCGCCGACUUUGUCAUCUCCACGGGCGACAACUUCUACAACGACGGCCUCGCCGGCGACAACGACACGGCCUUCUUCAUGGCGUCCUUCACCGACAUCUACACCGCCUCCAGCCUUCAGAAGCCUUGGUACAUCGUCCUCGGCAACCACGACUACACGGGCGACGCGCUGGCGCAGCAGAGCCCCGCCAUCCGCGAGGUGGACAGCCGGUGGACCUCCGUCAACAAGUCCUUCAUCGUGGAGGCAGACAUCGUUGACUUCUUCCUGGUGGACACGUCGCCCUUCGUCCUCAAGUACUGGAACGAGAGCAAGUUCGACUGGAGGAACGUGGCUCCCCGCGACACCUACAUCGCCACCCUCCUCCAGGACCUGGACGACGCCCUGGCGGCGUCCAACGCGACGUGGAAGGUCGUCGUCGGCCACCACCCCAUCAGCAGCGGCUGCGAGCACGGCAACACCACCGAGCUCCGCGAGCACCUCCUACCACUCCUCAAGGCCCAUGGGGUUGACAUGUACCUCAACGGUCACGACCACUGCCUGCAGCGCAUCAGCAGCAUCGACAGCCCGGUGGAGUUCGUGACGAGCGGCGGCGGGUCCAAAGCGUGGGCGGGCAAGUUCAAGGCCACGUCUGACAAGAUGGAGUUCUUGUAUGACGGCCAGGGCUUCUUGUCCAUGAAACUCACCGCGACCGAGGCGCACCUCGCCUUUUACGACGUCUCCGGCGCCGUCUUGCACAGCUGGGGGCUCACCAAGUCUGCGGAUGCCCGCAUCAUCUCAUGAGCUGAUCACCGCGGCCGACGGGGCCGCUGCUAACCAGCUGUUUAAACCGAUCGGAUGCAAAUGCUUUCUGUUAGUGUCUUCUGCGUGUCGUGUCGCGUCCUGUUCCUCCGUAACAGAAUGUCAUGCGAAAUAAAUUAACAGACGUUGCGUUCCAAGUGUAUGUAUGUAUGUAUCUAUAAUUCCAAAAAAAAGUGUAUUGUAUUGUAUGUAUAUAUGUGUUGGAAAAUUAUGCAAGUUCAUGAUCAA